CUCACUAACUUCUUUCAGCUACCAUUCCAAUAAAACUUCUCACGCUCUUCGUGCUUUCCGCCACCAUCCCUUCUUCUCUUCCUAUCGAUCUUGAUUUUCCGAUACCCUUUUUUCUCUUCAUUUCUUGAUCUCAUCGGACAAAUGGCGUCUUUUGCUGCCUCCCCUGUUUCAUUCGCCCCAGCCUCUUGCUCGCUCAAGCAAAAUCAGGUUUCAAAUCUGAGGAAGGCUUCAUUUUCAUUCAGCGGAAAGGCCUUUCCUUCUCAUAGAUUACCGGCCCUUCGUUUCAAAGUUGCAUGCUCGGCCUCGUUUCGCAUAGCAAUUUUAGAAGAGCAAAACAGAGAUGUUGUGCAAUUAACUAAAUGGUUCCAAGCCAAACCAGAGACCGUGAAGAAAGUGGUCGAGAUUGUGAAGUGUCAACUGGCUCUUGAUUUGGAUCUUGAUGUCUCUGCUGAGACGAAGUUUGCGACUCUUGGUGCCGAUUCUCUUGACACGGUUGAGAUAGUGAUGGGACUUGAGGAGGAGUUUGGCAUUAGUGUCGAGGAAGAAAGUGCUCAAAGCAUCGCAACCAUACAAGAUGCGGCUGAUCUCAUCGACAAACUCUUGGAGAAGAAGUGAAUCAGUUGAGUGAAGAUCUUUUAGCACCUUAAGAAANCU